AUGUCGUUGGAGCUCCAAAGCGCUGACCCCACCAUCGUCAACGUGCGUGUGCUGGACGCGCAAUCAGCGGUAGCUGUAGGUGGCUGCCAGCCCCAGGAAGAUACUGAUGUGGUGUGGAGCAUUUAUGGCGGUUGUUGCCCGAACCACACGUCCACAUUCAAGUAA